AGGCCCAUUAAUAAAAACUGUUUGGCCCAAAUCUCGUCUCCAAUCUCACGCCACCGGCACAAUCGCCCAACCCUCUCGUUACUCUACCCCUUCCUCGCCCAUAUAAAAUCCACCGUCGCCGCCGGAGCUCCGAUCUUUACCACCCAAAAAAUGUCGCUCUCCGAUGAUGAAGACGAGUGCUUCGCUCGGUUCCUCGAAUCAGAAGUCUCAUCGGUAGAUGAUGAAGAAAAAACGAAAGAACCUGAACCAAAACGGCAACGUAUUGAGAAAGACAAAACAAAGGUGGUUGUAGACAAGGAUGUAGAUCAGAAGGAAAAUGGUCACAAUAAAGAUAGAAACGGUGCAAAGAGGAUAGAGAGUGGAGAUUUCACCAAAGUUCCUACUGAGCUGUUUCGCCACAUCUUCAAGUUCUUAUCCUCUGAGGAUCUUCUGUCAUGCUCUUUAGUGUGUAAAUUUCUCAACUUUACCGCCUCUGAUGAAUCCUUAUGGCGUCGCCUGUACUGUAUCCGGUGGGGUCUAAUGCCUUCAACUAGAAUGUUACGUGAAUGUGCUUGGAAGAAGCUUUAUAUCGAUCGUGACGAGAAGGAUAUGAUUGAACUGGUCAGAAGCUGUCCACCGGAUUUUAAAGUGUAUUACGUUCAAAUGCAAGCAGCAAAGCGAAGCCAAGCUCCUCUUCCCUCCGAGAUGGUGGAUGACAGGGUAGUUCUUGACAAAACAGUACUUGACAAAGUAUCUCUGUGGAAGAAAAGCAAGGGACUUACCAAUAAAGCUGUGAUUGGCCACGUUUGUUUGGGAACAAAAUGUGGUUACCAUCAGAUUGACGAUGUGUUCAUAUGCGAAGAGACUGGAAAUGUUCAUGUAUGUGAUGAGAACUGCAAGGAAGUGAUAUUUUGUCCAGACAGUGGGUGUAUGGUGUGUACUAUCUCAGGGCUUUGUUCUGACAGUUUGGUCUUAGAAACCGAUUCAGACACAGAUCAGGAAGAAGCUGAACUAGAAGCUGAAAUAUUAACAGAAAAGGGCCGUUUUGAUAGAGCUUUUGAAUUUGGAUAUAACUGCGAGAGUGAGCAGGAAUUAGAACGCACCUUUGGGUUCUGCUGAUCAAAAGUCUCAGCCUUCACGGUAGCACAUGUAUGGGGAGUGUAAUGGAUCAAAAGUAGCUCUUGUGUUGAGUAGUCUUUAUACUUUGUAUUUGUAAGUUAUGCAGAGCUUUUCUGUAAUUUUACUCGAUUGCCGCUUGAAAAGUGUUUACAUGUGGUAAUUAAGUUCCAAGCAAAUCCUAUUGGUACUAGUUAGUAGUUUCCAAUAGCAACGAAGUUUCAUAAGUUCUCUAUCUAUUGAAUAUAUUUGGGGAAUCAGUAUCAUUAUGUGUUAGUUUAUUUUGUUACGAAAAGAAAUCCGAAAGUAAUAAUAAUUUCGUGUAGAUUCUUCGAUCCUUUACGCAUUUUUCUCAUUUAAAAAAGAGUAGUUAUAUACACCACCCAACUAACGCAUGCAUGUUGGUAGGGAUCACGGGUCCGUCCAUUCAUUACGCGUUCCCGCAACGCUAAAUAUUACGUAACAAAACUAUUCUUAUCUUUAUCUCAAUUGACCCCCAUAUUUUAUAAUACUUCAUAAGCGCCCCGCAAGUUAGUAUGGGCUCGAAUAUUCAUAAUACAAUUAACCAAAAUUCACUAAAGAUUUCAAAUAAGUUCUGAAUAAACAAACCAUUACUACCACCAUUACAUGUCUGAUGUAGUGAUGUAUCGUUGCUGGAAGACCUGGACUCGAUUAUUAUUAAUGAGGAAUACGUGUCCAAUUAGGAAUCAUACUCAAAGUAUGAGGACCAUAAGAUCAAAAUAUAUCCUUUUGGAAACCGUGCCGCUUAAGGAAAUAAAUGUAUGGCUUAAGCAAACCCCAUCAAUACAUAUCUCCAAAUAUCUUAUGUUUUGUUUUCUGCUCCAAUCCUGUUUCGACAUUGUUUCGCGAUUCGUCUCGGGUUUUGUUUUGUUGAUUGAGAGAAAACAUGGGAGGUGAGGAAGACAAAGACAAAGGGUUUUUUGGGUACCCACCCGCUGGAUACCCGCCGGGUCCUGGGGCUUAUCCACCAGCUGGAUACCCACCCCAACAAGCUUACCCUCCCCCACCACCUGGUGCCUACCCACCUGCACCUGGUUAUCCUCCGGGUGCAUACCCACCUCCACCUGGUGCCUACCCUCCUGCUCCUGGUUAUGGUGGUUAUCCUCCUGCGCCUGGUCAUGCUGGUUAUCCUCCUGCUGGCUAUCCUCCUCAUCACUCAGGGCACGCAGCUGGAAUCGGGGGUAUGAUUGCAGGUGCUGCAGCUGCCUACGGAGCUCACCACAUAGCUCAUAGCUCUCACGGUCCUUACGGACACGCAGCAUAUGGUCACGGAUUUGGACAUGGUCAUGGCUAUGGCUAUGGUUAUGGUCAUGGUAAGUUCAAGCACGGGAAGUUCAAGCAUCACGGAGGCAAGUUUAAACAUGGGAGGCAUGGGAUGUUUGGAGGAGGUAAGUUCAAGAAGUGGAAGUGAUCUAAAAACCUCUUUUAAUCUCAUCUCUCGCCGGUUCAAGUUUGACAAUUGAGGCUUUAAUAAUGAUUAUGAUAUCACAUGUUGUACUAUGAAGCUAUAUAUGGUUUUAUGAUAUUACUGAUUCUGUUUUUAAUAUAAUUUCAUAUAUUAUGCCCUUGUA